CCUCAAACUUUUAAUUAAUAUAAAGCACAGAGCAAAACAGAGACACAGACCCAGUGAAGCAUCCUAUGCCCUUAUCCCAGUUUCCUCUGUUUUUAUAUAAAACUUUGUUCUGUGGGUCUCUUCCUCUUUGUAUAUAUAGCUCCCCCCACUUCUAGCCCACCACCUUUUUCUGUCAAAAUGAAACAUUGAGAGAGAAAGCUUGAGAGUUUCUCUGAGGAAAAAAAAAAAGGUGUUUGAUUUGUAUUCUGUGUUGGGAUUGUAGUUUAGAGGCUAAGAUCAUGGCUAUUGAAGCACAGCUGUAUGCAGAGAAUUUUGGGUUUCCGAUGUUUGGCUCACAAUCACAGCCGCAGGACUUGAUGGUGGACAACAAUGGCUGUGGUGGUUUUGGUGCUGGGUUUAAUCAGUUCUGUUUCAAUGCCCAGCAGAAACCGCCGCAGCUACUAUACCAGCCACCGCCGAUGAUUCCUGGUACUUUUGUUCCUGCUCCACACAACAACUACUACAUGGCUUAUACUCGUCAAACCAUUGCAGCUCAGGAAGCCAAGCAAAGGCAAGAUAUUGAUGAAUAUCUCAGAUUACAGAAUGAGAGAUUGAGGUUGGUGCUACAAGAGCAGAGGAAGCAGCAACUCGCAUUGUUGAUGAAGAAAGUCGAGUCCAGAACAGAAGUGAUAAUGAAGCAAAAGGAUGAAGAAAUAGCACAAGCGCUGAAGAAGAGAAUGGAGCUGGAAGGUUUCUUGAGGACACUGGAGGCUGAAAAUCAAGCAUGGCAAAGAGUGGCUCAGGAGAACGAGGCCAUGGUCAUGUCCUUAAACAACACUCUGGAACAGUUCAAGGAGAGAGCCGCUCGUGGAGUCAUGGAAGACGCAGAGUCUUGCUGUGGUAGUAAACAAGAGGAGGAGGAAGAUGAAGAAGAUACAGGGGAUUACAAAGGAGGCAGAGGUUUGAACAAUGGUGUGGAUGAAGAGAUAAAGAUGAUGGUUUGCAAAGGCUGCAAUUCUGAAAGGUCGUGUGUCUUAUUCCUCCCCUGCAGGCAUCUUUGUUCAUGCAGAGCCUGUGAGGUUGGUUUUGAUGCUUGUCCUGUUUGCUCAACGCCAAAGAAGGCUUGCAUAGAGGCAUUGAUUUUCUAAGCUGAAAUUCCGGGCAAAAGUCGGAGAAAGAAACAAGGGAAAGAGAAAAGGGUUUGAGGGAUUAGGAAUGGUGAUGAUGGUGGUGCCAUUAAUGGGUGAAACAGAAAACAGAACAGAGAGCCAGUUUCAAUGCAAUGCCAAUGGUGCAAAUGGGUUUUCUUUUUUUUUCUUAAUUUGCGUUUUUUUUCUUUUCCUUCUUAGGGACUCUGAGUUUAGGUUUAGUUUGUAAACUUCUGAACAAAGACCAAUUGGACAGGACAUACAGAACAGAGGGCAUCUUUUCCUUUCA